AUGAGCAACGCGUAUCGAAGGGAUCAACCAGCUGGUGGUCGGCCCUCUAACGUCCAAAAUGGUGCUAAUAUACCGCGUCCUAAUGCGACAAAUCUACAAAAGAGUUCAUCAGGCCGUCCUUUCACGGCGAUUCCAUACGAAAAAGAAGAAGAGGAGAGGAUUCAGAAUGCUUUGAAUAAAGUUUUGGGUCCCGAGUACGUCAGUUUUCGCCCCGGUGGAGGAGGGCAAAAUGUGUCAUACAUUGAAGGUUGGAAAGCACUAAAUUUGGCGAAUGAGAUUUUUGGUUUCAAUGGCUGGUCGUCGGAACUUAUCAGCGUUCAAGUUGAUUUUUUGGACUCACAUGGAUCGGGGAGAGUGUCUCUAGGUCUCUCAGUGGUGGUGAGAAUCACAAUCCGAGACGGAACAUUUCAUGAGGACUUUGGCUAUGGAUUCAUCGAGAACGCCAAAAACAAGGCUAUGGCAUUUGAAAAGUGCAAGAAGGAAGCAUUUACUGAUGGGUUGAAGCGUUGUCUACGGUGUUUCGGAAAUGUUUUGGGCAAUUGUCUUUAUGACAAGAGUAUUAUCGCCAAGAUGCAAAAAGUCAAAUUGCCGCAACCUGAGCUUGAGUUUGACGACUUCCACAGAGAUCCCAUCAUUUUGAAGCGUGAAAUGGAGAGAAAAAGAGAGCACUCUGCUGCUCAUGCGACGCCAAAACCGAAAGAAACUGCUGCACAUCUACAACCAACUUCAGCAAAGACGCCCCUGCCCGCUGUUUCGCAUCCGCAGGAAAGCAAACCUGCGCCAAGUAUAACUCCAGCAGUGGUUAAGGGUUAUGGUUUGGAUGACUUUGAUGACCUGUUUCAAUUCAGUGAUGACUUGCCUGCUGAUCCGAAUGAACUCAAUGAUGGAUUGGAUGAAUACGAACUUGAGUUGCUUCAAAACAGAGAAAAUCAAACACCUGAGGCUCAGAAUAAUACAGUAAGAGCUCCAGAACAGGUUUUCUUUACAAGCUCAAAGAAAGCCUUGGAUGUGCAGAAAACCCCUGAUCUGAACGUGCCUGUUUAUGAUCAUAAAUUCUUAUCUAGCGGCGUGCGCCGAACAGUGGAUCCAUCGAAAUCCGUAAAAAUCCGGCGUGCCGAACUUCCGACGGUUCCAGGUAGCCAGCUUGCAUCGGAGCGCCCCUUUUCUCCUUCUUUAUCAGGAGGACCUCAAAUAGGGAAGCGCCCCUUAGGUAUGCCUCCGUCACAACGUCAGACAACAAAACGAGCUCAUAUCACUUCACAGAGCACGAGGGAACAGGAAAUAACGGUACUGGUUGAACAGGGCUAG